GAACCGAAGUGGGAGCUCUUACAUUUUAGUCCUAUCUUUGCUCAACACACCAGCACCAACUGAGUGUCCGCGGAAUGAUGAUGAAGGAUGAGGAACACGGCUGCUGAAGAGCUGUAACGACAAUCUGGGGGAACCCAAUGGACGCCAUGCCACAGCUGACUUCAUCCCUGCCGCAAGUGUGCAACCAGGAUGAAGAAGCGCCGGCAGAAGAGGAAGAAUUUGGAGAGUUUAGUGAGUUUCCUGGUGGUGCUGAUGGCUUUAAUUGCUCUCCGUGGGAAUCUGCCUCCAACUCUCCACCUUUACUCCCAGAUCCCUGUCAAUCUGUUUCCAGGUUAAAUCAGCCAGUUGAGCAAUCUCAGCCCACAUCUACUGUGAGUCUUAGGGUCAUGGAUGACCAGGCAGCUUGUGCAGAUGGACUAUCUGAAAAAUACCCUUAUGAUGGUGACAAGAGUUCAGUCCUGAAAGCUUGCUUUCUCACAAAUGAAACAGACUUUGCAGACUUUUCUGUAUUUGGUGAACAGGCAGCACAAGCCUGGUGUUGUGGCCUGGCUGGUGCAGAAUUUUGGGAUGGACGAGAGGGAAUGUCUGCAAUGAGACACAACUAUGUUACCCCGGAUGAGGACGCAAUUCUGGAUUCUGAACCCAAAUCUUGUGGAUUCACGUCAACAGGCAACAUUUGCACCAUUGCCAGCCACUGUGAGAAAAGAAAUAAAUCAUCUCAGGACAGUAACAGUAAACCACAUCUUCAGGUGGAAUGGGGUCAUUUUGGAGAUAAAUCUAUUGACAAGUCUUGUGAAAGUCACAAAGAGAGAAAGCAUAGUUUCAAUCUUAAUUUUUUACGAACUUCAAAAGAAGCAGAGGAAAGAGGAAAGAAAGAGAAGAGUGUUUCAACACUUUCUCAGACAGUGGGCUUGUAUGACUUUGUGGACAAUGUGUCAUGUGAUGAAGGCUCAUCACAAGAUGAACCGUCUGAGGAUUUUGAGCCGAAUGUUUCUUCUCUUGCUUCACAAGACACAGACACUGAUGAAUAUCCGACUGAUGAUGAAGAGGAACUGAGGAACUAUAGGCUCUCUCGAUCCUUUUGCAACAAUGAUUUCAUUUGGUACAACACAUCCAAUUCUGAUGUUGAUACAGGUCUUUUUUAUGAAGAUCACUUUGCAGCUCAGGAAUCCUCCGCUACCUCUGCACACUCAGAAUAUGAAGAACAUUCUGAAGUACAACAAGUGUCCAGAGGUGUCAGCCUAGAGUCUCACACGAGCCAGGAACCUUUCCAAUUAGCUGAGGGAGAAGUACAAAGUCUACAAGGUCUUCCGCCCAGUGACAGCUUUGCUGACUUUUGCUCAGCACCCUCACAGGAGGACAGACAGUGUGAGCUAUUUCAAGACCUACAGGAGCCCCUUGGACAGCAGUGUGAUAUAACUAGCUGUGAGGUUGUGCUCCACUCUCAAGCUCAACAGCUGUUUCUGGCCAGUUUCCCACAGUUGGGCUCAGCUGAAGAAGUGGAGGAUCCGGUUUAUGGACUAGAUACGCUGCUUUUCUUCAAAGAUGAAAGUGACCAUGAAGAACACAAACCCAAACAGUUUGGCUCACUCUGCAUCCCACCUGGCUUAAGAUGGUCAUCUCAGGACAUUCACUCAGCUGCUGGCCUGCAGUUUCAGUGGGGUGGUUCCCAUACCAAUAUGGGUUUACUACAAUGCCUUGAUGUGGACUCAAGAAAUAUUGUGCUCAUUGGCUUAAAGAAGCAGCCAGGGGCUGUAUCUGCAUUAGCGUCCCACCGGGGACAGCUGGAGCCUAUCAAGGACUCAGCUGUACAUUUUCCAGGACAAACUGCAGUGACAACACAUGAACCUAUGAGUACCUAAGACAACUCCCUGAUUUUAUUAAAGGACUACCUGUGCCCUGUGCUGAACUGGAGCAGUCAAAGCCUUAGCAGUUCUCAGGAUGGUAUGUCCCAUUUCUAUGCCCAACUCUUUUGGACAUUGAAAGAGUCUGUUGUUUGGCAGCUUAUACUAAUCUUGGUCAUCCUUUCUUAUGGCUUUUCCCUUCUGGGGUCGCUACAGCAAAUCAUAUGGCUCGUAUAAUACGCUGUGAAUUUACUAGCUCUUAAUUGUAAAGAAAAAAAGAGCUACCUCAUUUUCAAUAAAAAUGGGUACAGGUGCUUUAUGUCACUGUGCCAUUGAACUGUCUGUUACAUUCAUGUGAAGCUGCAGUUAGUUCAGCUAAUUUCACAAAUGUGUAUCCUACUGUGCCCUGAAGCUUCUUACGCCACUUUUACUCAAAUGGACAAAUCAACAACAAUAGUUUUAAAAACUUGUAUAAUGGCCUUUAUGAACAUAUUUUUAUUUUCAUAAAAGUUAAUUGAAAUCUAACCAACCAGACAAAAACUAUUGUGCAUGUUUUUAAUGAUUCCAUCUAGAGAUUCUAUUGAUUUGAAAUUAGAUGAAUUUUAAAAGUAAGAUCAUCUAGGUACAGCAUUUAUGGUAGCACUGUUUGGCAUGCCAACAUUUAUAAAAGUAUAUUAAUUUGUAGCAUGUAAACAUGUACAAUAGAGAAUAUGUUCUAAAACACGACUGAGGCCAUAUACGUUUUGCCUGGCAGGCAAAGUAUUGGUGAAUAUGUUAUUCUUUACUGGAGAUGCAAAUAUUCAGCAUUUUUGAAGAUUGUAAUGGGCAAUCGUAUUCUGCAGAGGGCAGCAGCACAAGUUCACCCAUUUACAAUUGUACUCAUCUGUACUCAAACAUCGAACAGCCAAUAAAGUGCAUUGAAAUGUUUUAUUUUAAAAGAAAAUAAUUAGCCCAUAAAUACUUUUUUAUGUUGGAAAAGUUGAGAUAAAUAUAUUAAAUAUGACAACAUAUUUUUAUUUUAGUUGUGCCUUCAUCCCUGUAAAAAAAUUUCCUAUUUCUAUUCUUCGGACCUAUUAUUUUAUUAUUUCUAAUUUACUGCUGUAAAAUAUUUGUGAAUAUUGAAAUAAAAUUGCUGAUUUCUAUU